AUGGCCAACAUCCCCAUUAGAGCUUCAAAGGAUAAUCACAAAGUUCAGGAGUUAUCCGAAUUGGAGCGGGGUAAGAAGAUGCUGAACCUGGAGAGCUUGUUGGAUGAAUUGAUUCUGAAGGCCAAUGAGAAAUUAGCCAAAAUGGAGAGGAAGAACAGGGAGAUACAGAUGUCAUUGCGCAUUGAGUUUAGUGACCAACCAGAGCAAUGGCCAACAUCCUCAUUAGAGCUUCAAAGGAUAAUCACAAAGUUCAGGAGUUAUCCGGAAUUGGAGCGGGGUAAGAAGAUGCUGAACCUUGAGAGCUUGUUGGAUGAAUUGAUUCUGAAGGCCAAUGAGAAAUUAGCCAAAAUGGAGACGAAGAACAGGGAGAUACAGAUGUCCUUGCGCAUGUUUGAACUAUUGGCCAAUAAAAAUAUCACUCAAACUUUCACCAAGGAUGAGCUGAAUCAAAUGGCUUGGACAAUUGAAGAGAAGUUGAAGCAGGUAGAACAGAGGAUCAUUGAACUAAACAACAAUGCUUCAACUUCACAGAGCCAAGCUCAAGUGGCAGAUCCAACAUUGGCGGCUGCAGAUGGAGGAAUUAUGCAAGGAGAGGCACAAGCUCAAGUGGCAGAUCCAACAUUGGUGGCAGAUGGAGAAAUUAUGCAAGGAGAAGCACAAGCUCAAGUGGCAGAUGGAGCAUGUAUGCAAGCAGAGGCACAGGUGAAUCAUGGCCAAAGUUAUGAAAUGAACAAGAAAGCCACACAAGAUUUUGCAUCUUUUCUUAAGCAUAUCAAUGGUGGAGAUGAUGAUUCUUCAGCUUAG